GUUUCCUUGAGCGAGCUGGUGCCAAUCUCCCCGUUCCCAUGGCGGGACCUCGGCAUUCCCGCAGCUCUCCGGAGCUCUGCUUUCACCCCUCCGCGUUCCUGCGGAGGAAAACGCCUUUGGAGCUGUCCAGGCGCUUCUCCCUGCCGCAGCCACAAUCCCUUCCUUCCCUUGCUGUGGUUCUUUUGGGCCUUUCUUGCUGGAACCGAGCGGGUUCCCAGAGCCCAUUUCCUGCGGGGAGAGCAUCUUCCAACCCCCAGCGCCUCACCUCGGGGAUUGCGCCGGGAAAAGAGAUUUCUGCCCCUCCGAGCAGAGCAGUGCGCGGCCGGGAAGCACCCGCUUUGGUCUUCUCUGUUAUUUCGGGCCGAUUUCUGCCAAACCCAGUAUAAAACCGCUGCGUGAUGUUUCGGUCUUAAAGCCCAGUUUGCUUUUUAGGGAGAAGUGCCUAGGAAACGGCUGAUAGCUGCUCUCCCAUCUCGGUCGGUGUCUCGGGACGGUGACCGGGGCACGGUGACUCGGGCAGCACUUGUGGGCUUUCCCUGCUGCCCUCGUUGGGCUCCGUGCCUGGAAUCCGGCAAUUAGGUUGGCUGCUGCUCCGCGCCGCUGGAGGUGGGCUUCCUCCCCCUCGGCUGCGAGCUACUCAGAAAAACGAAAUGUUUGAAUUUUACCUUCCCUGUACCUUUGCUGACUGUGCUGGGCUCCCUGAUGGGAGAGGAAUUCGGGACUUUGCUCCCGUCUCAGAGCCCGAGGUCUGUCGCAGCGAUCGCUCUUCGGUGCCGCCUCCGCGAGCUGUGGGUUGGUUCGAAGGACAAAGCUGUAACGGCGGCGGCUGCCCGGGCACAGCCCCGACCGCCGGUACCCGGGUAGGAGCCGCCGCGGGGAUUUCAAGGCAUUCGCAGCUUCCUCCUGCCAGCGCAAAUCCGAUCCAUUAUGCGAUGUCACGCCGUGGGUCUGCUUCGAGCAGCGGGACCCCCCUCCCAUCCCUUCUCUGGUCGGUACUGCCCGUGGCCCUGCAGGCGGGGUGUGCGGUUCGGGGUUGGGGGCACUUGAACGUGAGAUGGUAUUGGGACAUUAUUUGUCCUAAAAUGCAUUCCCACCUCCCUCUCGCUGUCCCAAAUCCCAGGGGCUCCCAGCAGCCCGCACCCCCGGGAGAGCCCCUUCCAGCGCCGAGCCGGGGAGGGGGGAGGAUGAAACCGGUCGAGUUACAGAGCCCUGACCCCUACCUCCGCUCCAGCGUCUCCCGACGAUGUCACCUCGGCUCCUGCCGAGGCCCGGCUGAUGACCCACAACCGGAGAGGCAUGAAAUCGGCUGCCGAGAGUGCAGGGACGGGCGGUCGGGGGCUCAGCUCUCCCUGCGCUUCCCCCCUCACCGCACCGCAGCGGGGCAGCCCGGGGGAGGCACGGGAGGGCCGGGGCUGCCGCUGUCUGGCGAAAUCCCCCACCCGCCCUCGAGGCUCACGGGUAGCUCAUAAUCAAUUUAAAAAUAAUAACGAAAACGAAUGGAAACCCCUCUAACUUGCCGUCGUCUGACCCGCUUUCACUUUUUGCUGUCCGUUCAUCUCGCGUUCUUAUUGCUGUUUUCAUUUCGGUUUGCGUUUCUCCCUUUUUCCACUGUUGAAUUGGAGAAAGAACGGAGGCUGCGGGCAAACGCGCUCUGCCGGAGGGCCGCACCUGCUGAGCGCAGCC